AUGGAUCCCAGGCAAACGACAGAGCGAGAUUUUGAUCAUCAGGAAGUUAAUGGGACCCAUUCUUCACUAUUGCAUAUUGGAAUAAUUGCGUCUGCCCGGGAGGAAGAGGAGAGCCGCGUUUGCUCACGGCUGAAGAUUUGUUUCCAGUCAUGUACACGACCAUGCCUGGCAAAGUCUCACCCACUUCCAUACAAUGCAGGCUGCUGUCGCAAGUUCUGGGACAAUUUUCUCUGUCCUCCACACUCUCGUAUGGCAGCAGUCAUAUUCAUUAUUUGCUUCUCUGCAUCUGCGUGGACAGCUCUGUAUUCUAUGACAGAUAAAGAAGCUUUGCCCGGUGGAAAUCUUUUUUCCCUCCUGGUUCUUUUUGUAGCUUGCUGGUGUGGUGGUUAUCUAGUGGGGUUGGUACGUUUACCCCCGCUGCUUGGUAUGUUGUUGGUGGGAGGUGCAUUAGGUAAUGUCCCAUACAUUGCUGUUGCCAAAGAUAUUGAUCCCUCAUGGUCUUCUAGCUUGAGACAGAUAGCUCUGACCAUCAUCCUGACUCGUGCAGGUUUAGGUUUGGACCCUCAAGCUCUGCGCCGCUUAUCGUUUGUUGUGUUGAGGCUGGCAUUUCUUCCGUGUCUGGCAGAAACUUUGGUGGAUGGCAUUGCUUGUCAUCUGAUCCUGGGCUUCCCCUGGCCUUGGGCGUUUAUGCUGGGGUUUGUGAUAGCAGCAGUCUCACCAGCUGUUGUUGUGCCGUCUCUUCUAGGUCUGUCUGACCGAGGCUUCGGUAUUGACAAGGGAAUACCCACUCUUAUUAUAGCAGCGGCCAGUGUUGAUGAUGUGUUGGCUAUUACAGGGUUUGGUGUUCUGCUGGGCAUCAGUUUUUCAUCAGGAAACAUUGUGUGGACCUUGUUCAAGGGCCCUUUGGAGGCACUUGCGGGAGUGGCAUGUGGUGUUGUUGGUGGAAUCCUCAUGUGGUAUAUACCUCAGAGGUCUAGCAAAAAUCACUUGUUGUUCCGAUCAACCUUGCUCAUGGUUCUGAGUCUGAUGUUCCUCUUUGGAAGUAACAAACUCAACUGGGCAGGAGCAGGCCCACUGGCUUCCCUUACUUUACCUUUUAUUGCUGCUUUGAGGUGGAGAGCGGAGUUAAAGAGUGGCGAACAGAACCCUGUAGAUGAUGUUGUUGGCGUACUUUGGAUGAUGUUUCAACCUCUCUUGUUUGGAUUAAUUGGUGCAGAAGUGGAUGUGACCUCACUGGAUGGUAGUUUAGUAGGUUUUGGGAUUGCUGUGUUAGGUAUAGGAUUGUUCUUCCGAGGGAUAGUCUCGUUCCUGUCAGUUUUCGGCACAAAUCUCACCCUCAGAGAGAAGCUUUUCAUUCCGUUUGCUUGGUUACCAAAGGCUACUGUCCAGGCUGCUAUUGGUGCUGUUGCAUUGGACACUGCAAUGGCAAAAGGAGACGAGGAUCUUAUAAGCCUUGGAAAGCAGAUUCUCAACCUGGCAGUCUUGUCCAUUAUCCUGACUGCUCCACUGGGAUCCCUACUGAUUGCCAUCCUAGGACCGCUACUUCUGAACAAAUCUGCCACCUUUAGAGACUCCACAGUUCUAGUUCCUGGUUAUGAUGACUGUGUUGAUGAUCAAGAAUUAGGGAAUAGAGUGAUGCAAGACAAGAAUAAUUUAGAGAAUAUAGAAGAGAGGAACAGAGCAUCAAGUCACCACUGA